AUGAAAUCCAUCUCGCCCCUCAUACUCCCCUUCCUCGCCCUCCUAACAACGAAAUCCACCACUUUCGCCCAAGAAACGUCCUCUUCCUCUUCAUCAACACUCCACAUCCCAGGCCCAAUGGAACAAAGCGUCACCGCACUCUCCGGCACAAGAUCCACCAUCACCACCAGCAAUUCAGCAACAUCUUCCCACCUCUCGGCACCCGGACCCAUGGAGCAGAGUCUCACUACUACAGCUUCAGAUUCGGCGACCACCGCAACGUACUCUUCUUCAACAGCGGAAUCGUCUUCACCGACGACGACUUCAAGUGAGUCUUCUGGAUCUGCAGGCAAUUUGGGCGAGGAUGCCACGAGGACGGGCGUGAGUCAGAGUCAGGAUACGUCUGCUGCGGAUGCUGUGCUUGGAGGAGGAAUGAAGCUGGAGCAGGUGGUUAUGAUGGGUUUGGGCGUGGGCGCUGCCUUGGCGGUUUAG